AUGGCAAGAACCAAGCAAACUGCCCGUAAGUCUACUGGUGGCAAAGCCCCCAGAAAGCAGCUCGCCACUAAGGCUGCUCGUAAGAGCGCGCCUGCAACAGGCGGUGUGAAGAAGCCUCACCGUUACAGGCCUGGCACAGUGGCUCUGAGAGAAAUCCGCCGUUACCAGAAGUCGACCGAGCUUCUGAUUCGCAAGCUGCCCUUCCAGCGGCUGGUGAGAGAAAUUGCCCAGGAUUUCAAGACCGACCUGCGUUUCCAGAGCUCUGCCGUCAUGGCUCUGCAGGAAGCCAGCGAGGCCUAUCUGGUUGGCUUGUUUGAGGACACCAAUCUGUGUGCCAUCCACGCCAAGAGGGUGACCAUCAUGCCCAAGGACAUCCAGCUGGCCCGCCGCAUCCGAGGAGAGCGCGCUUAA